CAAGAGUAAUAUGGAAAUUGAAAAAAAUGAUGAUCCAAGUAUAAACCCGGUUUCAUUAAUUAAAUAUGAUAAAACAUGUAGAGCUUGUUUAAAUGAAAACGAUAAUAUGGUAUCAAUUUACCAUCCUGACAUUAAAAACAUGUUCACUUAUUGUACUUCCUUAGAAAUAAACAACGAUGACAAAUUACCGAGUUUAAUCUGUACACAGUGCAAAGCAGAAUUAUUAAGAGCCCAUAAUUUUAAAAACUUAUGUAUCAAGUCACAUAACAUUUUACUGGAAUACCUUUCACGUUAUAAGUUAGAUGAUAUUGAAAUAAACUUAAAUGAUUUAUUACGAACCGAUCUCUGUGAUCCAAACAUAAAUAUUAAUUAUGAUCUUCCAAGAGAAGACAAAAAUGUUAUAGAUAUAGUUGACAAACAAAUCAAAGAGAUAUUAGAAGAACAUAUUAAUAAUUGUGAUGAUGAUGACCUUAACAUCGAAGAUACCAGCCAACUUUUGAAAGACAAUAUUUACAAAUGUAGUAUUUGUUCAGAAACUUUUAAAUUAGAAGCAGAUCUCCAAACACAUAAAAUAGGUCAUCCCAGCGAUGGUGUGCCGAAAUGUACACUUUGUAAUAAGCUAUUUAAUGAUGCCAAAAUUUUAAGAAGGCACGUCAGAAUACAUUUACAGCUGAAACCAUUUCCUUGCACUAUGUGUAACAAAAGUUUCUCAGAAUCGGGGAGCUUAACCCGUCACUUAAGAAAACACAGAGGUGAAAAGAGACACAUUUGUUCAGCGUGUGGAAAAGGCUUCUAUGAAGCCAAUGUAUUGGCAAUUCACAUGCGUAUUCACACAGGUGAAAAACCGAUAACUUGCGACAUCUGUAGCAAAAAAUUCUCAGAUCCUAAUGGAUUGAGAAGUCACAUGAAGUCACACACAGGUGAAAAAAAUCAUGUUUGCAACAUUUGUAACAAGUCUUUCUCACAUUCGUUUGUUCUAAAGAAACAUUUGAGGGUGCAUACUGGUGAGAGGCCAUUUGUUUGUCAUACUUGCGGCAAGACUUUCACACAGAGUCACUACGUGAAAAUACAUAUGAGGCAGCAUACUGGAGAAUUACCAUACAUGUGCAUGAUUUGCCAUAAAGGUUUCACUCAACAUAGCCAAAUGGAGAUCCAUCUUAGAAUUCACACAGGAAUAAAGCCAUAUGUAUGUCAGAAGAGUAAUAUGGAAAUUGAAAAAAAUGAUGAUCCAAGUAUAAACCCGGUUUCAUUAAUUAAAUAUGAUAAAACAUGUAGAGCUUGUUUAAAUGAAAACGAUAAUAUGGUAUCAAUUUACCAUCCUGACAUUAAAAACAUGUUCACUUAUUGUACUUCCUUAGAAAUAAACAACGAUGACAAAUUACCGAGUUUAAUCUGUACACAGUGCAAAGCAGAAUUAUUAAGAGCCCAUAAUUUUAAAAACUUAUGUAUCAAGUCACAUAACAUUUUACUGGAAUACCUUUCACGUUAUAAGUUAGAUGAUAUUGAAAUAAACUUAAAUGAUUUAUUACGAACCGAUCUCUGUGAUCCAAACAUAAAUAUUAAUUAUGAUCUUCCAAGAGAAGACAAAAAUGUUAUAGAUAUAGUUGACAAACAAAUCAAAGAGAUAUUAGAAGAACAUAUUAAUAAUUGUGAUGAUGAUGACCUUAACAUCGAAGAUACCAGCCAACUUUUGAAAGACAAUAUUUACAAAUGUAGUAUUUGUUCAGAAACUUUUAAAUUAGAAGCAGAUCUCCAAACACAUAAAAUAGGUCAUCCCAGCGAUGGUGUGCCGAAAUGUACACUUUGUAAUAAGUUAUUUAAUGAUGCCAAAAUAUUAAGAAGGCACGUCAGAAUACAUUUACAGCUGAAACCAUUUCCUUGCACUAUGUGUAACAAAAGUUUCUCAGAAUCGGGGAGCUUAACCCGUCACUUAAGAAAACACAGAGGUGAAAAGAGACACAUUUGUUCAGCGUGUGGAAAAGGCUUCUAUGAAGCCAAUGUAUUGGCAAUUCACAUGCGUAUUCACACAGGUGAAAAACCGAUAACUUGCGACAUCUGUAGCAAAAAAUUCUCAGAUCCUAAUGGAUUGAGAAGUCACAUGAAGUCACACACAGGUGAAAAAAAUCAUGUUUGCAACAUUUGUAACAAGUCUUUCUCACAUUCGUUUGUUCUAAAGAAACAUUUGAGGGUGCAUACUGGUGAGAGGCCAUUUGUUUGUCAUACUUGCGGCAAGACUUUCACACAGAGUCACUACGUGAAAAUACAUAUGAGGCAGCAUACUGGAGAAUUACCAUACAUGUGCAUGAUUUGCCAUAAAGGUUUCACUCAACAUAGCCAAAUGGAGAUCCAUCUUAGAAUUCACACAGGAAUAAAGCCAUAUGUAUGUCAGGUUUGUGGGAAGACUUUUGCGAGAUCUGGCGAUCUUAGCACUCACCUGAGGUCUCACACAGGAGAAAAACCAUUCUCCUGCAGCCAUUGUCAUAAGCAGUACGCUACAUCGAGCCAUCUAAAAGUCCACUUGAGGUCGCAUACUGGAGAACGUAAUCACAUGUGCGUUUACUGUGGGAAAAGGUUUGUUGAAAGUCAGGGUCUGAAAGCUCAUAUACGUGUACAUACCGGCGAAAAGCCCUAUGUUUGUAAUAUUUGUGGUCAUAGAUUUGCUCAGUCAGGGGCUUUAGCGACACACAAGAAAAGUCAUAUAGUUAGAAAGAAUGGAAAUGUCAUUCAAGAAGAGACAUAAUUGGUUGUUUUUUUUUUCACAGUACUCAAGUACUCCAGAAAAUAAAAUUGAAAAUUUUAUUACGUUUGUUCGUCAUAUUUGUAUUUGAGUAGCACAUUUUACGUGAAAACAACAAAUAAGACAUUGAUUUUUUUUGUUUGAAUUUUUUUUAUUUAUUUUCUUUUUUUUAAAUAUGACGAUUUUCCAGAAAUUAUGUUCUAAUGGUAUCUGUAUACAGUGUUGUUAGAUAGUUUUUCUCAAUACACCUUUCUUAAAUAAGAAUGCUAUGGAUAAAACCAAAAAUCACAAUGAUGUGUAGACUGACCAUACAUAUAAGACAAUAAUAUAUGUGUAGCAAAUUAGAUGUUAAUAGUUUAUGAUCUCUCAAAUUGGUGAAUAAAUGUUCAAUUACAUUAGAUUAUUUUUAUUUCUCAUUUAAAUUUUACCUUUUUUACGUUACACAGGGUGUUUAUUUUAAAGCUCGCGAUAUAUCGAAUACCAAAACCUAAGUUUUGUAAAGUGUUGUGUAGUACAUAAAUAAUUUUUAUUUUGAGCUUGGUUCACGUUUUCAUCGUAUUUUGAAUGCAAAUAACAUAACAGUAUACAGGGUGGUCCAGAUUUUAAUCAGAUGGUACAAAUGAUUUUAAGUUAAAUUCUCAUAUAAACAUGUGGCAUAGGAAGCUUUGUUUCUGAGAUACAGAGGGUUAAAAUUUAAAAGAAACAGCACAUCUGAUGAAACUUGGGACUAUGAUUUGUCUAAUUAAAGGUAAAAAUUCAUUGAGUUAACGUAUAAAUACGUCAGCCAGUCACACAGCACGAGUUGAAAAUUUGAUCAGUGCUUUUAAUUUGUAGUGAUUUUUUAAGAAAAACGAAUUAUUCUAGAGUUACGUUUUUUUAACCUAAUAUGAGUUAAUACAGAAUUGAAUAAGUAAAAAAUAACUCUAAAACUAUUAGUUUUGUAAAAUAAACCUGUGGGAAUUUUUUGUUGGAAAUGUGAUUUUUAAAUAAAAUAUAAACUGUCAAAACCAAUGUUGUUGUGUAGACUGACCAUACAUACUUAUAUGUAUAAGACAAUAAUAUAUGUAUAGCAAA